AUGGCCCUUCUUUUCCUGCUCGUGGGGCUUGUGGCAGCUGACGACGUGCGGCUCGCAAACGAGGAGGGUGGAAUGGGAACAACGAUGAGGAGGGCCUUGACGACCUCGACCUCUGAGUGUGCCGCCGAACUUUCGGCUUGUUCUUCGGACACCUCGUGCACCACAUGCGUCACCGAGUUUUUGUCCAAAGAAGAAGAGUGCUCUACAGAAGUCUCUCUCUGCGAAGACGUACAGGAUGCCGUUUGUUGCACGCUCGCCGACGAGGAGGAAAACUGCGAGACCGACACGACCUUCGGAAACUUCCUAGAGUGCAUCUUUGAGGAACUCUUUGAGGCACUCAUCCCCCAGUGCGGAGACAACUUGGUAGACAUCAGUGACUGCAACGGGGCUGCGGGGCUUGCCUCCUCGUGGGGUGUGUCUACCGUCCUCGGAUUUACCACCGUGGCUGGUCUCCUGGUCGCCACCUUCGGCUUCGUCGUGUAGCCGAUUAUUUCAAGAUAUUUGGUGGAUCGCUAUUCACUUUGUGCUGCUACUGAAGAGGCAUGCGGUGCCGUUAAAACAUGUGCUGCAACCGCACGUCGUGAUCGAUGGUGCUCGUGCAGCUUGGUUCUUUACGGGAUUGGCAGGGAGGUAUUGCCAUGUACCACUCUGUAUGAUGUUGCCGCGGUUCGAGCUGCCUUUGUCAUGCGUUGGUAGGCCUUUUUUUGCUGGGCGUAGAUUAUUUUCUCGCGGCUUGGUCUGGCUCGCUCGUUGCCCGUACGGUAGUUUGCACCCGAAGAUCAAUGCCUGAGGGUAGGGGCUGGCAGGCGCCAUCCUUUCAUUCUGUUGGUUCUGAUGUCGGGGGCAAUCACAUACUCUUGGUGUUACCUUCCCGCCGACUGGCAGCAUGGAGUGGCCUGUUUCAUGCCGAUGUGGGUGAUGCUACAUCGUUUAGCUAGCUUUUGUUUCCCUGGUCACCUAGACUAUUCAGUCAAAUUCAGUAUACAUUUUUCGUGCACUAUAGUCCACCCGGGCUAUUUUCAUUGGGGUCUCAUACUUUGUAUUUCUUGUCGUAUUCGAAAUGGAAGGGAGAGGGAGGAUCAAACAGCUAGGAGUGUUGAGCAAAUUUGUCGUGCUUGCAGAACGAGCCCAGAUCCUCCAGUCAGAGAGGAAGAGAGCAUAGUUCAAACAGCCGUGAUGUGUCCGACGAUUUGUCGCCGGCACGACGACUUGUAGCGCUCACCCAAAAAGCACCGAUCCCUCUCUCGUUUGCCAAACCUGCCUUUCACAAGUCAGAGAAGGAAAGAGGAUAGUUCAAACAGCCAUGAUUGAUGUGUCCGACGCUUUGUCGCGCGAGCAAGUAGCACCGUCCUCUAAUUGCUCUCGAAACCAACAUUUUUCAGUUGGGGAGAGUAUGGAAGCAAAAUUCGGGC